AUGACACACGAACAUUGUGCUCAACACUAUUCUGAUUGGCAAACAACAGUUCAUUGUUCAUUCGAAAAUGUGUUUAAUCCAACAAUAGCCUAUAUAGUUGGUGCUAAUCUUCAAAAUAUAUUGGGUAUUAAACAUUUUAAACCAGAUGCAAUGGCUAGAGAUGCCCCAUCACCACAUAUAUUUACAUGUCUACGACGAGAAGCAAACGAUAUUCGUGAUAAACUUAUUCAAGUGACCACUGAAUCAUAUUCACAUAUUUGGUUUUCGAUGCAAACAGAUCCAUUUCAUUUUCUCUAUAAUAGACGUUCAAUGCUAGGAGAUGGUCCGAUCAUAGUUAAAGAAUAUCCUGUUUUUUUCUAUUUUGGUUCAAUGUAUACGUAUAGUACUUUUAAUAUUCAUAGUGAUCCACAUCCAGUUAUUUACGAUAUUGGCAUAACCAAAUGGAAAAAUGCACCAGAAACAGUUCGCAUCAUGUCGAAAGACAGAACGAGACAAAUCUUUAUACCGGUGAAAUGGAUACAAAAAAAAGUAUUGGUCAAUACAAAAGAACGACCAUGUGUGGUUUUAAUGUUAAAAUAUUCUGUGAAAAUGAAAAGAAAACUUACAAAAAAUAAUAAAUCAACAUACGAAAGAGUAUGUCGAAUAGGUGAAGAUGAAUUCGAAACGAUCGUAUCGAGAAGUUCCGAUAUUCUUCUCUCAUUCAAUGAAAUCGAACAUACAUAUGCUUUUCUAUCAGAGCUUACACAAGAAACCGUUGAUUGUCCUAAUAGAUUUAUAAUCAAUUUUGUCUCACUUAAACAAGUUCCUUUAAAUAAUAAUAAUAAUAAUCAAUCAUUUAAUUUACCUUCAUCGGCAUCAAAUAAACAACGUUAUGCUUUGAAAAUGCUUUAUUCUAUGGGCUAUAUAUUUCAAGACAAGUAUUCGAAACAAAUUCAUGAUCAAUUUGUAGCAUUUGACAAAGAAUCGUUUAAUAAUAUGUGCUAUUAUCUCAAAGAAAAACUCGAAGAAAAUCAUUGUUAUAUGUUAAAGCGUAUUUUUGAUGAAUAUCAUACUUAUCUGAAAGAGAAGCGUAAAGAAGAACAAGAAUUUUCUGUACAGAAGCUUCCGUAUUGUAUUGGUUGUAUUUCAUUGACACCAUUACGACUUAUCUAUCAGAGAAUGGAAUCAUCAAUUGGAAAUCGAGCAUUAAGAAUGAGACAAUUCGGUGGUGAGGAUAUGUUUUUACUUGUACACAUUCGAGAAGAAGAUAAUCAAGCAUUGAAAGAUUUUGAUUCAUCAAUCAAACGUCGACUUAAAUCGAAAAUGAUGCAUGGAAUUAGAGCUAUGGGUAGAACGUAUCGUCUAUUUGGUACAUCAACUAGUCAAUUAAAAGAAAUGUCAUUUUGGUUCGUGGCUAUUGAAGAUAGACCCAUUGAAAAAGCAUGGGAAGAGUUUGGAAAUUUUUCAUCCAUAAAAAAUGUUGCCAAUUAUGUAGCACGAAUUGGUCUUUAUUUUUCAACAUCUCAUGAAACAGGAGUUUCAUUUAAAUAUGAGGAAAAAUUCUCGGCUAAUAUGCAACAUGUAGCAACAACUGUUGAUGAUAUUGAAACUGACGAUAAAAAAUAUUGUUUUACUGAUGGUAUUGGAAAAAUGUCGUGGGGUAUUGCUGGUCUCGUUGCUACAAAAUUAAAUAUUAAUUUAGAAUCGAGAGAUGACAUACCAUCAGCUUAUCAAGUUCGUAUAGCUGGUUGUAAAGGAAUGUUAGCCAUCGAUCCUGAAUCUACAUUAAACGAUUAUUAUAUCAAAGUUAGACCAUCGAUGGAAAAGUUUAAAUCUGACAAUUGGCAAUUAGAAGUAUGUGAAUAUAGUAAACCACUCGAACUUAAAUUCAAUAAUCAAGUGAUCAUGCUUUUAUCGGAUUUGCGUAAUCCAGAUGCAGUUUUUGAAUCCUACCAAAAUGCAAGUUUGACCAACUGUAUGGAACAAAAUGAAAAUGAACAACAACGAAAAUUAAAGUUUUCAUUGACUAAGGAAGACUUAUUGAAAAAUAGAAUUCCAUUACCAUUACAUGAAGCACGAAAUAUGUUUGGUGUUGCCGAUGAAACUGGUACAUUAGAAUAUGGUCAAGUUUUUAUUCAGUAUAAAAAUCUUGAUCCGACCAUUGAUAAAACAUACAUUGUUGUAACUGGUGAUAUAUUAGUAGCGAAAAUGCCCUGUUUACAUCCUGGUGAUUUUCGUCGAUUGACUGCUGUUGAUGUACCUCAAUUGAAAAAAUGUAUGCGUGAUUGUAUUGUAUUUCCAACCAAAGGAAAACGACCUCAUCCUAAUGAAAUGUCUGGAUCUGAUCUAGAUGGUGAUCAAUACUGGGUAUAUUGGGGUAAACGAUUGAAAAUCAGAGAAAUGGAUGAACCAUUAUCAUAUGAAUCAACACCAAAGAAAUUAGUACCUAAAAUAACUUAUGAAAUUAUAAUCGAUCAUAUCAUUGAAUCCUUUGGAGCUGGAAGUCAAGGUAUUAUUUGUGAUGUACAUUUAGCUAUUGCUGAUUCUCAUGAAAAACAUACAAGAUCAGAUGAAUGCAAAUAUUUAGCUGAAUUAUUUGCGCGUGCUGUUGAUGCACCAAAAACAGGUGAAAUUAUUGAAUUGGAUAAAGUUUAUGAAUUAAGAGCAAAAUAUUGUCGAGGAUAUCCAGAAUUUAUGAAAAAAUACGAUCAACCAAUACGUGAAUCGCAUAGUAUUUUAAAUAAACUAUUUUUAAAUGCAAGAUGCUAUUUCUUUAAGCAACGUCAGACAAACCUUCAGAUACCACCGCCACAGCCUCUUGUACGAUCCGAUUCGGCUAUUCCAAACGCUCGUACACGACGAAGAAUUGGAGCAAAUGUACAAGACAAAGAAUUUCAAGAAUGGCUUUCAUCUCUUAACAUUCAUAAAUCAGACAGUAAAAUUAGUGUAGCUAAGCCUGACUUAGAAAACAGUAGAACGAGUAAAAGCUCGGCUAAAAGUCUUGACACAGCAAACAGCCUAGUUGAUGAAUUGCCUUCGAAACCAUCAAUAAAACGACCAAUGUCACAAGCUAAAACACAAAGAAAUAAUCCAUUAAAAAAAGAAGAAGGUCAUGUUUUAGAAACUGAACGCGCUCAAACAUCUUCAGCAAAAAAAGAAAAACUUCCUGUUGAAUCAAAAUCAUCUAAACCAGAUUCAACUGAAUCUAAAACACCAAAAGAAAAUAAAGAAAUAGCAGGAUCUACCACCACGUCCAAUUUACAAAAUGAAUUAACCAAUUCUACUGUGCCAUCAGUUAUACCAAAACCAUCACCAAGUGCUUCUUCUGUUCCUGAUAAUGUUCUCAGUCGAAAUAUUGUUUUCAAUGGUAUGACAGCAGUAACCAAUCGGCUCAAAUGGAUUCAAACAAAUGGCAAUGCUUUUACAGUUGAUCUGGAUGCAAAAGGAAACGGUGAAAACAAUGCAGUGGAUAAAAUAGUUAGUCCUAUGCUUAACCUAAGAAAAACAUCAUCAUUUUCGGCCGAUACUAAAUUGGCACUUGUAAUAUCAUGGGGUGAACUUAACUUAAGAAUUCCACCUGCAAUGGAUGAUACAAAACCAAAAAAUAUUAAAGAACUUGCUCAACGAAUCAAAGACAAUAAUGAUGUUGAACUUUCGUUUAAAGAAUCUGAUAUCAAAACUGUUACAAAAGAACAUGAACCAUCUAGCAAAUCAGCAGCAGAAUAUGUUCUUGUCUGUAAAUGUCUCGAUAUUUCACCAAGCGAUAUAGUUUUCAUAUUCAAUGAUAAAAAGAAAUUAAAGAAAAUUUUGUUUUCUUCUCAAGAGUGGAUUUGUGCUGUUCGAGGCGGUGAAGAAUUUAAGGAUAGUUACUACCAAAUUCGAUGUACAACCAAGGAAAUCGAUUCAAAACAUGAGUUAUUCUCUAACUAUUUGGAAUCAAUAUUCAAAGAUCCUAACUCACUAGAUAUUUUAACGGGUAGAAGUCCACAAAUUUUAAUCGCCAGUGAACAAUUUAAAAAUGCACAGAUUAUUUCUCUACAACGAUUGAUUCGUUGUGACUAUGCCUUUUUAAGUCAACGAAAGUCGUAUCAAAGUCAAUUUGAUACAUUGGCAAAUCUCGACUGGGCUUUUUAUCACGUUACACAUAUUUCUAUAGAAAAGACAAGAGGUAAAAUUUCAACACAAGAUACAAUUGAAUUUCAAGCAACACCCAUUCAACUGGCAGAUAAAUGUGAAAAAGAUUUGAAAAAUUUAUGUGAUUUAGCAGAGAAGUUUUUUGACUAA